AUGCUGGCGCUCACUAAUUUCCAUCUACCUCCUGCUUACGCAUAUCCUCAUCUUCUACUUCAAGAACAACAACAAGAAAACAUGUUAUAUAGAGAAAAAACGCCGACGAAAUCCACCUGGACAUUCCCUGUUAAUGUUCUGAAGUUAAACACUCAUGGGAGUUCGAAAGGGAAUUCGGCGCCGACUUUUGAUUCUUAUUUGCUUCAACGCUACUGCUUGCAUCUUUCACUCAUCGCAUUGCCUUUCUCAUCAAUAGAUGAACAAUUUUCUCCUGCAGUUGUGUAG